CAAAUAUCACCAAUCAAUUGACUUAUAAAAGGCCAACUAGUUGCUGUUGCACAAUCACAGUAUUAACUUAACGCUUUUUGCGCCUGCAAUAGAAACAAAUAAUAAACUCUGUUUAAUAAAGAAAUUAACCAAAAAUCCACAUGAAGCCGUCAGUCACUAGCGUUCUCUUCUUGCUUGUCGCCUUAGCUGGUGUGGCGAUUGCAGCCAAUAGCUCGUGGGGUAAACCUAAUAGCACGAAUAUAUUAUUGUUACGUGAGAUUGUUGUGCGUUCACCACUUAAAAAUGGCUACCAAAGUGUCACCGUGGAUUACCCAAAAUCGGGCCAAACCAACACCCGCACAAUUUCAGCUAUUUCCGUUAUUGACCGUUUCACCAACAGCUCCGGCGCUUAUGCCAGCCUGUGGUCCGGCGGUGUUGGCUAUCGUUUUGUUUCCCUCAAUUUGAAGAGUCAAUAUAAUCGUGGUAUUAACUCAACUGUGGAAAUUUAUGGCAAACGCUAAAUGUUAAACGUGCUUCUUUGCGCUAGAAAAUGAAGCUUACGUACAUACAUACAAACAAACAUACAUAUUUAACAUAACAGCAUAACAGUGGGGCAAAAGCGAACUAGUUUUGUAAUAUGGUCUGUUACAUGCAACAUCUGUUUGUAUGCAUAUGGUAUGUGUGUGUGUGGCAAGGUUUUAUGUGUAUUUUUAUAUGGCAAUAAACAACAACUCUGAUUAGCGUAA